AUGUUCGUCCUUAGAAACGUUGGCAAGCUGAUCUUCGGCUCCGCUACACAAGAAUCCCUCAUUGAGCUCCCUCAAGGCCAGCUCUACCUCGUCCGACCCCUCUCACCCAAGGGCUACUCAGAGCUCAUCUUCAAGGACUCUGCCAUCCGUAUCCGUCGAACCAACCAAGACUUCCAAUACCAGCUCGUUGUGCAGCGUGUGUUUGAGGAAGGAGAAGCUGAACUGCUCGCCGACGAGGAGGGUGAAGACGCAGAGAUCGACGCUCUCGUUGGCGAACGCGACGAAAAGACCUUUCUGCUCGACGAGGCCCUGCACUUUCGCAUUGAGAUCAGAGAGGGCGGCGACGAAACCGUCCUCGCCUGGAAAGACUUGAGCGGAGACAACGGCGAUCUCUACGAGUUUGUGUGCGACAGCGUUGUCACAACUGCAGAGGCGAAGCGUUUUCUUCAGACGGCCCAGGAGUGCCAAUACGAGCGAAAGUACCGCAAGCCGCACACGACAGCCUCGGACGAGGAUCUUGAACAAUUCGAGUUCCCCGAGGAGCAACCCAUCCCUCCCGCUAGCCCCAUUCACAGCCCGACUCUCACCAGGUCCAUCGACUCUAUCGACGACAUGUUCGCCAAGAGGACUGUCAAGCGGGAACCCGCGGCGGCGGAGCCCUUAGAGGAGCCCCAAGAGGUGGAAAUCGAGGCUCCCCAGAAAGCAUUGGGAUCAACUGCCGCUCCGAAGCCUCUUGAGAUCUAUGCUGCUGUGUCUGGCGAAUUGCAUCUCUAUGAUCCACAAGCAGGGCACUUUUCCCAGGUUGAAGAUUCCGUUAUUGCCGCAGUAUCUGAAGUUGGGAAAUGGGAGUAUUGGCUGCAGCUUGAUGCUGCAGGAAAAUCAAUUCUGGGCACCUUUGUUACUCCCGAAAUCAACCCUGUAUUCGACUUUGAGCAUCUAUCCUUCAUUUUCAACCACUGGGCGGAAGAUGGAACCGGAAGGUCUUGGCUGCUCCGUUUUAAGGAUCAGCCAACCCUGGAGAAGUUCCAGGAAGGUGUGAUGCAGGCCAUUUGGGAGAAACUCAAUGAAACCAAAUGGAAGAAGAUUCAGGAGAAAGAGCGCGAGUAUGUCUUGGAUGCAUUCAACGACCUCGCUAUGGAGGAUGCCCCGACAGAGGAGGAAGAAGAGGAAGAGGUCGAGGAAGAGCCUGAAUAUGAAGAGGACGAAGACGAAGACGAAGGGCAACAGGAGUUGUCUGAUGGAGAAGUCAACUCCCAGCUUGCCGUGGGCUACAAACAUGACCGCUCCUUUGUUGUUCGCGGCUCCAAGAUUGGAGUCUUUACCCACACUCCGGAUAAUCAUCUCAAGUUCUCCACCAAUAUUUCCAAGGUGACCACCCCUGGAGGUAAACUGAUGAACCCCAAGAAGGUCAUGCUUCACAAGGAGGAUAGAGAUAUGAUUAUGCAAAACGACGUGGACCCGAACAAGCUCUAUCGCAUGGACAUUGAGUAUGGCAAGGUCGUCGAUGAGUGGAAUGUCCAUGACGACAUACCCGUCACAACAUUUGCUCCGGAGAACAAGUUUGCGCAGAUGACCGGAGAACAGACGUUCCUGGGUAUCUCUCACAAUGCCCUUUUCCGAGUCGACCCUCGCCAAGCGGACAACAAGAUUGUCGAGUCAGAGCUGAAGCAGUACGUAUCGAAGAACGAUUUCUCUUCUAUUGCUACUACCGGGAAGGGCUACAUCGCUGUGGCCAGCAACAAGGGUGACAUUCGCCUGUUUGACCGUCUUGGAAUCCGAGCCAAGACGCAGCUCCCUGCCCUUGGUGAUCCGAUUACUGGCAUGGACGUUUCGGCUGAUGGCAGAUGGAUCUUGGGAACUACCAAGAACUACAUCCUCCUCGUCGACGCCCAGCAGCAUGGUGGAAAGAACGAGGGAAAGCUUGGUUUCGAAAAGCCAUUCGCCGCCGACUCGAAGCCCCGCCCUCGUCGUCUGGCUCUUUCACCGGAGCACGUCGCUCAGUUUUACCACGAGACUGGCCAGCCCGUGUCCUUCACGCCUGCCAAAUUCAACGCUGGUGAGGAUGCAGAGGAGACGAGUAUCAUUACCGCCUCUGGACCGUACAUCAUCGAGUGGAACCUCAAGCGGGUUAUUCGCGGCCAGAAGACGCCAUACAAGAUUAAGCGAUACGAAGAGAAGGUCAUGGCUGACGACUUCAAGUUUGGCUCGGACAAGAAUGUCAUUGUUGCUCUGCCCAACGAAGUCAACAUGGUUGCCAAACAGAGCCUCAAGAUGCCUACCCGAGAAAGCAUCAUCGGCGACGUCCGACUGCUUGGUAGUGGACGGAGGUCUUCGGGGCGAAUUGGCAACGCCAAGAGCGGCCAGUAUAAGCUCGGAAGAGAUGACAUCGUGGAGUCAGCUUAUUAA